CGAGCAUUUGAAUAGUCAACUUCGUCAAUUUCAUAAUAUUCAUUUGGCUAGAUUUAACAAAUAUUCUACAACAAUUUUUCUUUUUUAUUAUCGUGGUUCGUUGUCACCUUUUUUUUCUUCACCGUUUUUGAAUUCUCCGUUUUUCCCUUUCCUUCCCUUCCCUUCCCUACCUCGAGUUUUGGGUAAAACGGGUGAAAACAGGUUCGACCUCGACACUCGCCGGUGCCUCGAACGCGCACACGUCGUCGUCUACGCGUUUUCCUCCUCCUUCUCCUCUUUUUCAUCAUCAUCCUCUACUACCACCACCACCACCAUUACCACUACUACCACUACUACUACUACUAAUAUUACCAGCACCAAGUCGACACCGACCGGAUUUGGUUGCAGUUGCUCUUCGAGCCGUGAGCAGGGCCGAUAUCUGCUCUAACUUACCUGGACAUACAAUAGUUUUGACAUUUGAAAAUUGCCGUUUGGGUUCCGUCCAAAAAGCAUCCUUGCUGGAACGUGCCAAUGUCGUCUGCUACCAUGCGAUUGGCGGAAGCAUGCAGCAGAAGCCACUGAGAGAACUCGGCCGAUUGUGCCUUGGUACAGAAGAACAAAGUAACGUCGUGACAGCUGAAAUAUGCACCGAGACACGAGGUGGACUUCCAUUAUUGCAGGUAUGGCCAAGCGAUUCACCAAGAUACGAGGCGGAUAGCCAGGAACAAGCAUUUGUUUUCCCAGAUGCUCAAGAAAACGUUAACGAUAGUGGAAUCGAAUCCAUCCAGGCAUCUCCAUCACCGUGUAAAGCAGCUUGCAAUAGUCCAGCAACGACACCACAGCAAUCUCGUCGAGCUAGUCUCUUACAUCCGGAUCAUGCGAGACUGCACUUGCAUCAUUUACAUCAUAAUCACCAUAACUUAGGAUCAAAGAGUCCUCCAACUCAAGAUAGAACUUCGAUCGAUGAAGACCCACCCUCGGUACCACCGAGCCCUUCUAGUACGACGACAAGUAGUCUCCGAUCGAUGCCGAGUUCAGCGAUCGCAUCGAUGCAUUCUCAAGACAGACGACGUAGUAGCAGAUAUAGCAUGUUCGAUGCUUUGGAUUUGGAAUAUGCUCUUUUAAGGGCUGCUGCUAGGGGUUCGGUAGGACCCUAUUCUCUUUCAGAAUCCCUACAUAAAUUGACGUUCACUCAAAGUCUUGCUUUUCCUGCCUUGGCACGUGGACUGGCUUCGAAACAAAGCGUACCCACAAGAAGACCUCAACAACAUGCUGAAAGUGGAUUAAACGUCUUCGCAAAGGUUGUUACAGCUCUCGUGCUGAUGUUGGUCAGCGUGUUGGUGUUCGGUGUUGUCUACAAAUUCGCCAGAACGUGAGGAUGGCUAUUGGUACCCGAUCGACAUCCUGGUUCUAAUCAGGACUUUAAUCAACCGGGUGCCAACGAGCCUUAUGACGAUAAUGCCUGAUCAAUUUUAAUGUCAAAAGUCUGCCAAAAAAAAAAAACCUCCUCUCUUUUAUCUUUUGCUUUUCUACUACUCUCUUUUUUCCUACUAAUUCGAAAAUUUAGCUUACAUUGUCAUAAAGAUUUUAGGCAAAACAAAUGAUUGGCAACUUUUGACAUGAAUUCGAGCAUUAAUCGUAUCCAAAAGGCCUUUUUAGGAAAUUAAAGUGAUACUUAUCGGUAUGACCGAUUUUCAAUCUUUCGUGCAAAACAACAAAUUCUAGUCGAUUAUAGAUAAGAGAUUUGUGGAUAUAAAUAAUAUCUUUCGUUAAGCAAUACGCGAGAUAUUCUCUCGGAAUUCAAUCAAACUGUUGGCGAGUAGUAAUAACAAAUAUUGUGAAAGAUUUUAGGAUCCUUGAAGAAAAUGAUUCGUGUCUUUGUUAAGGACAAUGCGUAUGCUCUAGUUUUUUUUUUGAUUUUAUCACGAUUCGGACUUUUGGAGAAACGUUGACUUUUGGAACAAUUACGUGAUAAUGAUUAUGAACAAAUGAUAAAAAAAGAACAAUUUAAAUAAUCUUCGUUGUUUUGGAGUGCCUUGCUCGUGCAUUUAAAAUAUGCACAAGUACAAGCAAAAUAUUAUCACAAUGAGGAUACGAUUCCAAAGGAAAUAAAAAAAAAGAAAAAGAAAUAAAAUUCUUAAAGU